AUGGCGAAAAUGAAACGUGAAGGAAAACUUAUGAAAAACAAAGAUGAACUCCGAUCACCAAUGUAUGUUGUCGAUUCACCUUGCUGUAAUGUGGACUACCUGAACUGCUGUAUUGCUUCAGCUAACAAAGGAGCAGCUUGCCAGAGAUCUCUGGAAUGUUUUCUGGAAAGACUCUUAAUUGCAAUGCAUGACACGAAGACCCAGUCUAUCUAA